AUGAAAGAUAUGAUGAUGAAUGGAAUAACUAUAGGUGUGCCACCGCCACCUUCUCAUCCGCCAAACACCACAACUAUGAUUAGUUUGGCAUCCUCUUCAUCUUCUUCAUCCUCUUCGUCGUCAUCAUCAUCAUCAUCAUCAACUCCAUCAACAUCACCAACCUUUUCAUCUGUUUCAUCUUCUGCAUCAACACCCGAGAUUGAUUUGCAGAGUGCUGCUUCAUCUGCUGCGACAACACCAUCUUCACCACCAUUUCACCGUACUAAAAUGGUAUUAUCCACAUUGGAUCCACUUCAAGAGUUGAAUCUCUCCAUUAUAGAACUCUCGUUGGACGAGACCAAUGAACUAAAGUUUCGUGACGAGGUAAUGCCCGUGUGGAGCCUCUUUCAUUCACUCACCACUUGUAACGACAAGAGUGCCAUAUUUAAACAUAUCAUCGAGAGUCUUGCAUCGAUAUUUGGUAACGACAAGACCUACACCAUUCACCAACUCGACGAGGAGCGAUCAAUGAAACCAUUGAUUGUGCACCACGGCGGCGAGUCUUGGCAUUCCACCAAACAACAACAGCACGAACUAUCCUAUCAUUCAAACUCUGCGUGCUUUGAAACAUUGUACAGUCAUCCAAAAAUAAUGGAAAUCAUGGAACCCAAGAAAUUGCUUCCAAUCAUCUAUUCACACAGUUGCCAGUGUCUCCGUAUACCGCUCGUCUCCAAUCACAACAAUGUCAUUGGAGAAAUUCAAAUCUCCAAUCUACCAGACAACAAUAUUUAUUUUUCACAAUUAAUGCAUUCAAGUUAUUUUUUUAGAUAUUUAAUUAAAAAAACAAUAGCAGAAGUACAAAGAUUAAAAUAUGAAGGUUUAAUUGACCAUUUUGUAGAAUUUAGUUGUGAUGAUAUAUCAAACAACGAAUUGUUUCAUUCGUUGGCAAAAUAUUUGGGCUAUUAUUUAAAUGUAAAAUUUUCACUUGUCUGUAUGAUAUCACCUCAGGCAGACACUGGCGUCACCAUCUCUUAUUGUAUCGAUGGAAAAAUCCAAAACAAUGUAGUUUAUAAAUUAUCAGAUACUCCAUGCUCGAUCAUUAGCCAGGGUCGUCCAGUAUGUAUCAACGACAGUCUUCAAGAACGUUUUCCACGUGACAUUUGGCUUCAAGUCAAUGACAUUCGUAGUUAUAUCGGUAUCCCACUCCUAGACACCAACGGUGACAAUAUUGGCCAUUUGGUGGCAUGUGAUACAAAACCAAUCAAUCCAACUUUAAUGGAUAAUUCUAUUAUUGUUGCUAUUGCAAAUAAGGCUUGUCAUGAAUUAGAAAGAAGAAAAUGCGCAGAAGAUGGAGUAGUAACAAAAGAAAUUUUAAAUAGAUUUACUUCAACAUGUAUAUUUUUAACGGAUCAUAGAGGAGUUGUAAAUAGAGUGUUUGGAGAACAAUUGUUUGAAUGUCAUGCACAGAUAUUGACGGGUGCAUCAAUUGAUUCAAUUCUUUUGAAUGCCAGCGAAGACCGAUUGUCAAACAUAUUCCCAUCGUCCGAGGUCAAAAAGGAAGUUACUUGCAAGCGAAGGAAUGGGACUCUCUUUACGGCCGAGGUAUAUUGUAAAAACAUUCACAUGAAGAAAAUCAACUUUUCAGGCAAACUAUUUUUCGUCAGAGACAUCACCGAGGAGAAAAACACCCAAAAGGUGUUGUUAGAGGCAAGAGACCGUGCUCUCGAGGCAGCCAACAUGCGUUCACAAUUCAUGGCAACCAUUAGCCACGAAAUCCGUACUCCAAUGAACGGACUAAUCGGUUUGGUCGAACUCUUAUUAUCGAGUGAACUCCAACCAGCUCAAAAACAAAUCGUCGAAUCACUCUACAAAUCAUCCGAACAUCUCUAUUCCAUCACAAGUGAUAUUUUAGAUUUCACAAAAAUGCAAGCUUCAAAAUUCAAUCUUGAAAUUAUUAAUUUUGAUUUUAAAGGAUGUGUUGAAGGAGUAUUAAAUACAUUACAAUUAUCAUUAAAGAAACCAAUUGAAAUCAUUUCAAAGAUUGAUUCUAGUAUACCAACCAUUGUCAAAGGUGAUCCAAACAGACUUAGACAAAUAAUAUAUAAUAUUUGUUUCAAUUCUAUAAAGUAUACAGAUCAAGGAUUCAUCAAAGUCAAUGUAUCACUACUAUCAUCACCAUCGGCAUCUAAAAAGGUUAUUGAAUUUAUUGUAGAGGACUCUGGCAUUGGUAUCGAGCCAAGUCAACAAGGCACUCUUUUCCAACCAUUUGUACAAUUGGACAAUAGUAGUCGUAGUCAUUCUGGGACUGGUCUUGGUCUAUCAAUCGUCAAAAAGAUAGUUGAAAUGAUGAAUGGCGACAUUCGUCUUGUAGAAUCAAAACCUGGAGUUGGAAGUAAAUUCAGUUUUACCAUAGUCGUUGAAAAUGGUGAAGAAAGAAGUAGAAAGAAAUCAUUUGAUAUUGAUAAUAGUAAUAGUAAUAGUAAUAAUAAUAAUAAUAAUAAUAAUAGUAAUGGUUGUAACAGUAGUAGUGGUAGUAACUCUUCCACCUCUACUACAUCCAAUACUCAACAUAAGCGUUCAAAAUCUUCAAUUGAUUUAAUUGAAGAAGAAAAAGAAUUUAUCAUUACCAAUAAUAAUAAUUUUAAUAAUCAAAAUAAUAAUCAAAAUAAUAAUCAAAACAAUAAUAAUAAUAAUAAUAAUAAUAAUCCAAAUAACCAUAUAAAUAUUGUAGAUGGAUCUCAACAUUUUGAAAAAAGACAAAAGUUUAUAAAUGGUGAUAUCAGUAUCAAUCAACAACAAAACCAUUCAACCACCACCACCACCUCUACAGUAAAUAAUUUAAAUAAUAUUUCUACUACUACUACGACUAUUCCUCCAUUUCAACCACAACAAAAAUCAAGUUAUAGAUUAUUGGUAGCAGAAGAUAAUGAAGUCAACCAAAAAGUAUUAUUAUUACAAUUGAGUAAACUUGGAUACCGAGAUGUCGAUUUGGCACACGAUGGAUUGGAAGCAAUUGAAAUGUUUAAACAAAAGAAAUACGAUCUUGUAUUCUUAGAUUUAAAUAUGCCAAAUUGCGAUGGAUCAACAGCCAGCCUACGCAUUCGUUCAUUUGAAGAGUUGGCAGGCCUUACCAAAACCAAGAUCAUUGCCUUGACGGCGAUGGCCCUUUCCGGGUACCAAGAGUUUUCUCAUAGCUGUGGAAUGGAUGAUUUCCUCAGAAAACCCCUCCGAAUCAAUGAUUUGUCAAAUCUUUUAAAUCAGUACAUCCCUUUAUUGGGUGCAACCGAUAAAAAGCUUGAAAAUAAAUCAAAAUAA